GAGGCAGGAAAAAAAAAAAAAAAAAAAACUUCGGACGGUAGCUUGUUAGCGCUCGGUGUUAUAAACCCGCAGAUAUUACAAGAAAAAAAAAUUGUGACCGUUUAUAACGAUUGUACGAAGCGUAUCCUGGUGUUCGUGUUGGAAUACUAGGAGAUGUAGCCGGUCACUUUAUUCCGUGUACGUGAACUCGCUCGGGGCACCGCUGCCGAAUGUCGCUUCACGCAGCCUGGCUGGGACGGUAGCGGAGGGAUUAGCUUCUACAAGCGGGCUAGCUCGCGCGCUAGCUAUGCUGAGACACGCUCAGGUCGACUGGUAGCUCGCUGGACGCUUAGCGCAAACACUACUAAGCUCCACCGCGCUGUGCGUUAUUCACAACAUCACGAAACGACGGUUAUCGCGUUUGUGCUGUGUCUAGCUGGAGUUUUUAAUAGCCUGCUAGUCCUCUGAGGUAAAGCUAACAGGAAUCCACAGCGGCGCUAGCUCUGCACCACCCUUAACACGUUUCUGGUAUCUAGCCAGCAGGAUUGUGAAGCUGACGGAUUGAGGGCUAUGUCUUCAGCAGCCACCACACCCCCAUCCGUAGACAAGGUGGACGGCUUCUCCAGGAAGUCCGUCCGGAAAGCUAAGCAGAAGCGAGCACAGAGCUCGUCUCAGUUCAGAUCUCAGGACAAACCCAUCGAGCUAGUGCAGUUGCCACUACUGAAAGAUGUGUCUGCCCAAGAGCAGCCAGAGCUGUUUCUAAAGAAGCUGCAGCAGUGCUGCACUCUCUUUGACUUCAUGGACACACUGUCUGACCUCAAGAUGAAGGAGUACAAACGCUCUACCUUGAAUGAGCUAGUGGACUAUGCCACAGUUAGUCGUGGUUACCUCACUGAACAGACAUAUCCAGAGGUUGUCAAAAUGGUGUCUUGUAACAUAUUCCGGACACUUCCUCCCAGUGACAGUAAUGAGUUUGACCCAGAGGAGGAUGAGCCAACGUUGGAAGCCUCGUGGCCUCACUUGCAGCUCGUCUAUGAGUUCUUCAUUCGCUUCUUGGAGAGUCAGGAAUUUCAGCCCAGCAUUGCCAAAAAAUACAUUGACCAGAAAUUUGUACUACAGCUUCUGGAGCUGUUUGACAGUGAGGACCCUCGUGAGAGAGACUGCCUGAAGACUGUCCUGCACAGAAUUUAUGGCAAGUUCCUUGGUCUCAGGGCCUUCAUUCGCAAACAGAUCAACAACAUUUUUCUAGGGUUUGUGUAUGAAACGGAGCACUUCAAUGGAGUGGCUGAGCUGUUGGAGAUCCUGGGAAGUAUCAUCAAUGGUUUUGCACUUCCUCUGAAAGCUGAACAUAAGCAGUUCCUAGUAAAAGUUUUACUGCCUCUGCACUCAGCAAGAAGUCUGUCCCUCUUCCAUGCACAGCUGGCCUACUGUAUUGUGCAAUUCCUAGAGAAAGAUCCCACGCUAACAGAACCUGUGAUAAGAGGCUUGUUAAAGUUCUGGCCGAAAACCUGCAGUCAGAAAGAGGUUAUGUUCCUCGGCGAGCUGGAAGAAAUCCUUGAUGUGAUCGAGCCCACACAGUUUGUCAAGGUCCAGGAGCCUUUGUUCAAGCAGAUUUCCAGAUGUGUGUCCAGUCCUCACUUUCAGGUGGCUGAGCGAGCCCUGUAUUACUGGAACAACGAAUAUAUCAUGAGUCUUAUAGAAGAGAACUCCAGUGUCAUCCUGCCCAUCAUGUUUGCCAGUCUCUACAGGAUCUCCAAAGAGCACUGGAACCCAGCGAUAUCUGCUUUAAUCUACAAUGUGCUAAAAGCGUUCAUGGAGAUGAACAGUGCACUGUUUGAUGAACUUGCUGCAUCUUACAAAUCGGAACGUCAGAGGGAAAAGAAGAAGGAGAAGGAGCGGGAGGACUUGUGGCAGAAGCUGGAAGACCUGGAGCUGAGGCGAGGAAUUCAGAACAGUGACGGCAUCAUUCCCACCUAAACAUGGAUGUAGCUCCAUCCCUGCAUCAAGCUCCAACCAAUGUUCAGCCACAGGGACGCCACAUGUUCAUGCUCCUUGUGCAACAUACUUUACUGUACACUCCUCCUGCAUUUGUUUCAGUUUUUCCCCCACCAGCACUGUAAAAACCCUUUCCACUCUGUUUCCUUUGACAAUGAUACUAUACAAAAAAAAAACGAAAAGGAAAAGUUGUGCUUAUCUUGGACGGAGAAUGGGGCGGGAGGGGGAGGAAGACUUUAUAUACACUCCUUGCCAUUUAAAAUAGUCAAUUACAUUUAAGGGAUAUAUCCUCAAAACCCUUUGCCUGAGAACAGGAAUCUUUUUUUUUUUUUUUUUUUUUUUUUUCUUUUUUUUUUUUCCCCUUUCCCUUCUUCUUCAAGAAAUGUCUCUCGAGAGUGUGGUCCCAAAGACUUCCCAUAAUGAGUUUCUUCUUCUCAUCUCUCUCUCUCUCUCUCUCUCUCUCUCUCUCUCUCUUUCUCUCUUUCUUUAAAUUCCUCGGAGAGAGGCUUGAUCUUACAUUUUUAUUACCAUGUCCUGGAAAUGUGUGACUAACAUACCAGAGUCUAGAAAUGUCACACACAUCUCAAAGAUGUCCCAGCAAAAUCAGUUGACAAGAAAUGUCCUUGAUCACCUGCAUUAUUCUUACAGGUUAAUUUAAAAUGUGAUCUUCACACUUCUGUUGCUAUAUGGACAGGAGUGGGUCCGGCACUGGUACAGCCAAUGAGAAGCAAGCCACAGUGCUUGCCAUCAUCAUCUUGCGGAAGUAUUUUCUUGAGAAUUUCAAGACCUGUUGAAUUUCAUUCUGGUGGUUCACUGCCUAAGAAGAAUUUACGAAGUGAAAGAUUUUCUGACACCAUUGAAGACUUCUCUUCAUGUAAAGCAGUGUUCAGAACUUGAUUGAUUCAGUGUAUUUGAAAAGUUGAUUUGUUUUAACAUCUGAACCUAGACGGCGCUGACGUCUCCUGGUCUCGUCUUUGGACUUUAACUUGGUUGGAUGCUCUCGAAAUAAUUCAGUUUAAGCUAGAAUAUUUUCUAAAGGAGUGUUUGGAACGAAAGCCUGCAUAUGUGGUGUAUUUCUAAAUGCUGAUCCAGUCUUAUUCCUCAACAGAAAUGCCAUCCACUAUAGUGGGUUAGGACUUAAAGCACUUGGAGUUAGAGAGUUUGUUGUGUUCACAGAACUCACUAUCCUUGUUUUUAUUUUAUUCUGUUUUAUUUCAAAUUAAAAUCAUGGGUGUGGAUUUUACAUGUGAGGAAGAUGUAUUUUUUAUUGCUCUGUGGGCCUCUGUCCCUUUCAUCAAUCUUGUGUGAUUUAUUUUUCUUUGGAUGGCCCUGUAAUGUUAAAAGAAAGGGUUUGAUGAACAGAAUAAAUCUUAAUUAUUUUAAAAAAUAGAGACAUUAAAUAAACCUGUUUUUGUGAUAAAA